UAUUUUCAAGAAGCAUUCAACAACCGUACAGACAGGAAGGCAGUUAACACCAGGAGUGGUAGCGGAGUGAAAACAUCUUCCCACCGGCCCAUUAACACCAUGGCUGAACCGGAACAGGCGCCCGAACAACCCAAGGCGGCCACUAAGCAAGUCAUCGCUAACAAAGUGUCCGGCAUUGUAAAGUGGUUCAACGUAAAAAGUGGUUAUGGAUUUAUUAACCGAAAUGACACCAAAGAAGACGUCUUUGUACAUCAGUCAGCCAUUGUGAAAAACAAUCCCAAAAAAGCAGUGCGAUCGGUGGGCGACGGUGAAGUGGUGGAAUUUAAUGUAGUGAUAGGCGAGAAAGGGCACGAAGCGGCACAAGUGACAGGUCCUGACGGCACAGCUGUUAGAGGCUCACCUUAUGCUGCAGAUAAGCGCCGUGGAUUUCGUCAAUGGUUCUAUCCCCGUGGAGGUCGUGGCGGAGGCCGCGGCGGAAACCGUCGUCAGCGAGAUGCACAAGAUGGUAAAACAGAAGGUGAUGCCUCUAAUGAAGGAGGUGAAGGAGGCGGCCCACCAAGACGUUAUCGUCCCCGUCGUGGACGUGGUGGCUAUGGAUAUUACCGUGGACCACGUCGUCAAGGUGGUGGUGGCGGCCAAGGUCGUCUAGAUACAGGCACCGAAGGUGAACAAACAGAUGGUGAAAAUCAACAAGGAGGCGGCGGAGUAAGAGGCGGUCCUCCACGUCGAUUCUUCAGACGAAAUUUCCGUGGAGGUCGUGGACGACCAAGACCUCGCAGUCAGGACAACCAGGGUGAAGGACAAGAAGGUGAUGGACCUCGUGGUCCCCCCCGUAUUCGCUAUCGUAGACGUAUGCCACGUCAACGUCAACAAGGCGGUCGCACCAGUCAAUCUGAACCAACUGAUUCAAAGGAGAGCCAGCCCGUUCAGAACACCACUACAGAGAGCACAGCUUGAAGUUAGUGCUCACGCGAGACCAAUUAUAAAAACUUUAUUAAAAUAAUUUUUUGUUUAAACAACUAUUUAGUGCGUGAGUCAAAGUAAUGCAGACCAAGGCAUUUCAUAACGUAAAGUAAAUUUAGAUUUUGUUUUGUACGUUAUUUUUUAUACUGAUUUUUACUUAUAAUAACAGUGUAAAGUUUAUAUGGAACUUUUUAUAGGAAAAAAAUAUGUAAAUGUAAGAAUUGACAAUUAUUUUUGAAUUAUUCGUGUGUUCAUGAAAUGCCUUUCAAGACCUUAAGUCUGACUGCAAGAAAUUUUUAAAUAAACAUCUUUCCUUUCAUAAUUUAAAAACAACAAAAAAAAAAAUUAAAUAUAAAAAAAAUCAAAAGCCUUUCGAUACCUGUUCGGGGUAACGGAAGGACCCAAAAAAAUUGUGAAUUUCAUUCAACACCUAAUAAAUCGCCAGUAAACUCAAAAUGGCAUUAAUAUACAAGCGUUGCAAUCAGAUUCAAAAGUAACAAAUAUUUUUAAAAGAAUAGUAAGAGUUUCUCUCUUUUUGCAUUCAAAUUGAUUAUUGAUAGUUUUUUUUUUUUUCAUAUUGUGCUAAUUUUUUUCGAAUUUUCUUUUAAUUUAGAUGGAAAAAUAUAUAUAUUUAUAUAUAUUAUUUAAAUUAUUUGUGAAUGUGUUUUUUUUAUUUUUUAUCUGCUGGAAAGAUUAAAUAGUUUUUUAAGUGUCUUCUUUUUUUUUGUAUGUACAUUUUGGAGAACUUUUAUAAUUACUGAAAAAAAAAAAUAAGAUAAAAAAAAUUAAUUUAUUUUUUGUAUUUGUAAAUUAAGAUUCAAUUGUACAUACCACAAUUAAUUAAUUCAAAGUUAAGCUUUAAUUUAUAAAAAAAUUUUUUGAACGAUCAUAAUAAUUUGUGUUGAUUUUCAUUUUUGUAUUUUCCCCAUUUGGAGAGAAAUAAACAAUCUGUUCUUAAUAAA